AUGUUACUGAGAAAGUUAUCAUCAUCAUCAUCAUCAUCGAUAAUAUCAUCUCGUGGUGUGUCAAUUUCAACAAUAAUAACAUCAUCCAUUUCUAAAUUCAACAACAAUAACAACAACGUGGCUUCAGUCAAUAGCCAUGGAAGGUUAGCCCAACAACAGCUCCGUCUAUACAAACCAACUCCAACCAUUGAUGAUGGUGAUAUCACUACAACCAAUCAAGUGGGUUUUCAAGAAUCUGCAAAUAAUCAAGAAAACAUAACACCCACCACUAUCAGUAAUAAUAACAACAGAGCGGCUGUUUUAAUUUGCCUUUUUCAACAAGAACAUAGUGAUGGGCUUCGUGUGAUUCUUACUAAAAGGUCUUCUGGUUUAUCAACCCAUUCAGGUGAAGUUUCAUUACCUGGUGGAAAAACAGAAGAAGGUGAUGUAGAUGAUGCUGCCACCGCAAUAAGGGAAGCACAGGAAGAGAUAGGGCUCAAUCCAUCACUUGUAAAUGUUGUGGCAGUUCUUAAACCAUUCUUGACAAAGCACCUUCUCACAGUAAUUCCAGUUAUUGGCAUACUUUCUGAUAGAAGUGCGUUUAAUCCAACUCCCAACAUUACUGAAGUAGAGGACGUAUUUGAUGCUCCAUUAGAAAUGUUUCUCAAGGAUGAAAAUCGAAGAUCUGAGGAAAUAGAGUGGCUGGGGAGUAAGAUCCUUAUUCAUUACUUUGACUAUGAAGUGGGUGGUAAGAAGUUCAUGAUAUGGGGUCUUACUGCUGGAAUUUUGAUUCGAGCUGCAGCAAUUGUAUACAAAAGGUCACCUGCUUUCCUUGAGCAGAUACCCAACUUCAAGCUUCCUAAAGUGUUAAGCAAGGACAAUAAAUUGCCUUGAAACUUCAUCUGCAACCUCUUUAAUCUCACUCUUCGUAAUAUCAUCAACUUUAUCGUUCUCUACGCUAGUCUGAUGGUCCUAAGUCCUAACACUAGUAUGUACUCCCCAAGGUCUCGAGAUCAUGAUGGGGACGACGGUGGUUUGGCAAUGACAAUGGAUGAAGUUAACCGUACAUAUACAUAUUCAUAUCCAUUUAAUAUUCAGGUCAUCCAUAUUCAUCGAUGAAUGGAUAUUCUUUAGAUAUAUUAUGUAAGAAGAUUUCACCUAGACAAUGCAAGACUUGGAUGAAAAGAAACAUUGUUUUGCUUAUGCGAUGAGUAAUAGAUUAAAACACAAAGAAAAUUUCAUGUUA